UGACUUUGGAGCAGAUGACGAUAUCAUGGAUAUUUCAAAGAUUAUUGAAUCCACCAACUCAACUGAUAAAGACGAGAUCAAUUUUGAAAGAUUUCAAAAAUUACAAAAUGUUUAUAGUAGAUUAAUUGCAACUUUGGAAUGUUUGACUGCAAAUGAAGUGUUUAAUCCUGAAUCAACAAAAAAACAAAUUGAUUUGGCAGAGAAAGAUUUGGUUGAUUUCGAUUCAUUUUACUGCCCCAAUGGCAAAAUGAACAAUUAUUCGGUUGACGAAUCAGAUCUAGCGUCCAAAAUAAUAGUUCUUUCUCAAAAUAUCAGAUUAAUGGUAAAAUCAAGAUUGGAAAUCAAUUUGUUGCAAAAUCUUUUAUUUUCGCCACUUGAUGCAAGUGAUUCGAUCGGCGAUAACCAUCGUAUUUUUGGCAGUAAAAUGGUGAACUGCAAUUCAGGAGAUAAUUGUCAAACUACUAAAGGCCCAUUCCACAGAAAGCAAUGCAAUAAAAAUUUUUUGGAGGAUGCAGAUGCUAAACAAAACCUGAGUAUAUGUUGGGAUAGAAUUGAGGUUCAAAGUUCUGAAACAGAAAUAACACGAUUAAGUCAAAAACGAACCAGAAAAACCGAAUGUUUGGGUUGCCCUUCGAAAUCUGAUAAUAAAAAACAAAAAAAUAAUUUUAAGUUCGCCGUGGUAAUUACACCUAGUGAAGUUCGCAAAAAAAGGUACUCAUUUAUGCCAGGAAGUGGAACCUCACAAAAGAAGUAUGGGAAAAAAAUACUUGAAGAUUGGUAUCACGCAAACUCAAAAUAUCCUUACGUUGGAAAAAAUAUUGGGAGGCUUUGUAAAUUAUCAGGAUUUGAUGCAAGCAAAAUAAGAACGUGGUUUUCCAACAAACGAAGGAAAGAUAAAUCUCGGGGUAUUUCUGAGGACCUUCGCCCAUUGCUUGAUCAAUAAUACAUUCGUAAUUUUUAUUAACAAAUCCGUUAAAUAAAAUAAAGGAACGAAUUUGAAAUUUAUUUAGAGGGUUCUUGGGUAGGGUGGUAAUGAUAAUUGACUAGCAAACAAAUGAAGCAAUACCAUUUAUAUGGGUAGAUCUCUUUGGAUGAAAUACGCAUAAAUAUUGGAAUUUUGAAAUAUAUAUGAUUAAUUACGUGUGUAUUACUGUGAGAUGUGAUUUACUUUGGCAAAUGCUUUCAGAUUCAUAUGG